GGAGGGGGGCGAAGAUGGCGGACCAAAUCCCGCUGCGCCCGGUGCCGCGCAGCACCCAACGGAGGGCGGCUUAUUACACCAACGCCCCCGCCGCUCAGCGGCAUAACAGGUAUCAGGUAGAAGAUGAAUCAUCUCACUUGGAUGAAAUGCCCUUAAUGAUGUCAGAAGAAGGCUUUGAAAACGAUGAAAGUGAUUACCAUACUUUACCAAGAGCCAGGACUUCUCAGAGAAAAAGAGGGAUAGAAUGGUUUGUGUGUGGUGGCUGGAAAUUUCUUUGCACCAGUUGCUGUGACUGGCUCAUAAACGUUUGCCGAAAAAAGAAAGAACUCAAAGCACGCACAGUAUGGCUUGGAUGUCCUGAAAAAUGUGAAGAAAAGUAUCCAAGAAAUGCUAUAAAAAAUCAAAAAUACAAUAUCUUUACAUUUAUACCUGGGGUUUUAUAUGAACAAUUCAAGUUUUUUUCUUGAAUCUUUAUUUUCGUUGUCUCCUGCUCACAGUUUGUACCAAGCGUGAAAAUAGGCUACCUCUACACCUAUUGGGCUCCUCUGGGAUUUGUUUUGGCUGUCACAGUGGUACGGGAGGCAGUUGAUGAAUUUCGUCGUUACCAGCGAGACAAGGAAAUGAACUCGCAGUUAUAUAGCAAGCUCACGAUACGAGUGACAGUGAGAUCUGGGACUUAAAAUUGGCAGAUAUGAGAACUUGUUUUGUUGGGUUCUAAUCAGCGAAUCCCAUCAGACAUGGUGUUCCUAAGAACUUCAGAAAAAACAGGUUCAUGUUUUAUUCGAACCGAUCAGCUAGAUGGUGAAACAGACUGGAAAUUAAAAGUUGCUGUCAGUUGCACACAGAGGUUGCCAGCUUUAGGGGAUCUUUUUUCAAUCAGUGCAUAUGUUUAUGCUCAGAAGCCACAAAUGGAUAUUCACAGCUUUGAGGGUACCUUUACACGGGAAGACAGUGAUCCAGCUGUUCACGAAAGCCUAAGCAUAGACAAUACACUAUGGGCAAGCACUGUUGUUGCUUCAGGAACAGUAAUAGGUGUUGUCAUUUACACGGGAAAAGAGACUCGGAGUGUAAUGAACACAUCCAAUCCAAAGAAUAAGGUUGGUUUGCUGGACCUUGAACUGAAUCAACUGACCAAAGCACUGUUCUUGGCUCUAGUUGCACUUUCAAUUGUUAUGGUAACCUUGCAAGGGUUUGUGGGUCCGUGGUAUCGGAACCUUUUUCGGUUUCUCCUCCUUUUUUCCUACAUAAUCCCCAUCAGCUUACGUGUGAACCUUGAUAUGGGAAAGGCAGCCUAUGGAUGGAUGAUUAUGAAGGAUGACAAUAUACCUGGGACAGUUGUCCGUACGAGCACCAUACCUGAAGAACUGGGACGUCUAGUAUAUCUAUUGACUGAUAAAACAGGUACCCUGACCCAGAAUGAGAUGAUAUUUAAGCGCCUCCAUCUAGGCACUGUGUCAUAUGGCACAGACACAAUGGAUGAAAUUCAGAAUCAUAUUAUCGGUUCCUACUCUCAGGCAAAUUCCCAGUCUAGUGGAAACAGCAGCAGUGCCACACCUUCCCGAAAAGUACAGUCUUCUGCACCUAAAGUCCGCAAAACUGUCAGCAGUCGAAUACACGAAGCAGUAAAAGCUAUUGCAUUAUGCCACAAUGUCACACCUGUAUAUGAAUCCCGAGCAGGAGUGACUGGAGAAACAGAAUAUGCAGAAGUAGAUCAGGAUUUCAGUGAUGAAAACAGAACUUAUCAAGCUUCUAGCCCUGAUGAGGUAGCAUUGGUGCAGUGGACAGAGAGUGUUGGCCUUACUUUGGUCAACAGGGAUCUUACUUCAAUGCAGCUGAAAACACCUGGUGGGCAGAUUCUGACCUACUACAUUCUGCAAAUUUUCCCUUUCACCUCUGAGAGCAAGCGGAUGGGAAUCAUAGUGAGAGAUGAGUCUACAGGUGAAAUCACAUUUUACAUGAAGGGGGCAGAUGUGGCCAUGUCAUCUAUUGUUCAGUAUAAUGACUGGCUAGAAGAAGAGUGUGGUAACAUGGCAAGAGAAGGACUACGGACGCUGGUGGUUGCCAAAAAAUCAUUAACAGAGGAACAGUACCAAGAUUUUGAGAACAGAUAUAACCAAGCAAAAUUAAGUAUACACGACAGAACCCUCAAGGUGGCGGCAGUUGUGGAGAGUUUAGAAAGAGAAAUGGAACUGCUGUGUCUCACUGGAGUUGAAGAUCAACUACAGGCUGAUGUUAGGCCCACUCUGGAGAUGCUGCGAAAUGCUGGAAUAAAGAUAUGGAUGCUAACAGGCGAUAAAUUGGAGACUGCCACUUGUAUUGCAAAAAGUUCUCACUUGGUAUCCAGAACGCAAGAUAUUCAUAUUUUCAGACCUGUGGCCAGUCGUGGAGAAGCUCACCUGGAACUCAAUGCAUUCCGAAGGAAACAUGACUGUGCUUUGGUUAUAUCCGGAGACUCUCUGGAGGUCUGUUUGAAGUACUAUGAACAUGAGUUUGUAGAAUUAGCAUGUCAGUGCCCAGCGGUAGUAUGCUGCCGAUGUUCACCCACCCAAAAAGCGCACAUUGUAAAAUUAUUACAGCACCACACUGGAAAACGUACAUGUGCAAUAGGCGAUGGAGGAAAUGAUGUCAGUAUGAUCCAGGCAGCAGACUGUGGAAUUGGAAUUGAAGGGAAGGAGGGAAAGCAGGCUUCCUUGGCUGCUGACUUUUCCAUUACACAGUUUAAACACAUCGGCAGGCUACUGAUGGUACACGGUCGCAAUAGUUACAAAAGAUCAGCGGCACUUGGUCAGUUCGUCAUGCACAGAGGCCUUAUUAUUUCAACUAUGCAGGCUGUGUUUUCUUCAGUCUUCUAUUUUGCAUCUGUUCCUUUAUACCAGGGUUUCCUAAUGGUCGGGUAUGCAACCAUAUACACUAUGUUUCCAGUCUUCUCCUUAGUGUUGGAUCAGGAUGUUAAACCAGAAAUGGCACUGCUGUAUCCUGAGCUGUACAAAGACCUUACUAAGGGAAGAUCUUUGUCAUUCAAGACCUUCCUCAUCUGGGUUUUAAUCAGUAUUUAUCAAGGUGGCAUUCUGAUGUAUGGAGCUCUCCUGCUUUUUGAAUCUGAGUUUGUCCAUGUUGUUGCCAUUUCCUUCACUGCUCUUAUCCUGACUGAGCUCUUGAUGGUUGCACUUACCAUACGAACAUGGCACUGGUUAAUGGUGGUGGCUGAAUUCUUCAGUCUUGGCUGCUAUGUGGCCUCUCUUGCAUUUCUAAAUGAAUAUUUUGAUCUUGCCUUUAUCACAACUGUGACCUUCCUGUGGAAAGUGUCAACCAUCACCGUCGUCAGCUGUCUUCCACUUUAUAUUCUGAAGUACUUAAAACGUAAAUUUUCUCCUCCAAGCUACUCUAAGCUUACCUCUUAAAAAUUACUGAACCUCUGGCAGGAGGUGGACACAACUACAGGACUCUAGCUAGAAAUUGCUCCUCCUCCUACAUCAGUCUGCGGUAAGUUAAACGGGAAAAGGAUGACAAGAAAAAGAGAGGACCAAGCUGAGCACAAAAACAACAGGAGUGUCCGAUAGAUUUCAUGGUGGCCGAUCUUAACAAAAGCAUCCAGAGAAGAGAAAAUUCAUUUUGUGUAUUUUUAGUUCAUACUGCUUCCAAUUGGUUUAAUUACUGCUGUAAAGGAUUCAUUCCUACUGCACUAAUUUUUCCGCAUAUGGGACAGAAACAUCCCCCCCCCCCAAACCCGCGGGUCAUAAUUUCCUAACAACCGCGUUAGUUCAUUCCCAUUUAAAUAAAAUGUAACAAACCUAGAAGUUGUAAAUGCCAUUGUCUGUAUUUGCUGCUAUGUGUAACUCUGAUAUAUGCACUAUAUGAAUUAUGUACAGAUGUCUGCGUAGCACAGUAUUAGUUUGGGAGCUGUCGUUCUCUUUCCUGUAUCCUCCAUUGCUCGCUGCAUUAAGACAUGUGAAUAUCUGAGUUAUUGAUAGCAGCCUUUCCGAUGCACAUGGGGGCAAAGUUGCACAAAAACAGGAUGAAAAUAAAUUUCUGUACAUAAUUCUGUUGCGCUUACCGAUCUGUAUAGACCGCCAAGACUUCUACCGUUCAGUAAAUGUUUUGUAAGUUCCUACCCAUUUGUAAAUCUGCACACCAGAAUUGUCAGCACAAUACUGGCCAUUUCAUGUAUAGCAGUUUACCUUGCGUUACUUCUUGGAAACAAUCCACCAAGUGCUUUUUUGCUACUUCGAAUAAUUUUAGAGGUGAUUCUACACAAGCCCCAUUGACAUUAAUUAAAGUUUUGGGGCAGUUGUAGACUGCGCCCAAAACUCCUUUUCUGUGAUCAGUUCAGGUAUGGGAUUUUCUAUGCCUGUUCAGUUUCCCUGCUUGGAACAGUUUUCCUCUCAUCAGUAGAGGGAGCUGAUUCCCAUAAACAGUUCUUUGUCCAAGCAGACUGGCUCUAAUUUAAAUUGCGAAAGAAAAUUCCCACACAUGCCAGAUCUCAAAAUCUACAUAGACGUAUAGGUCUAUGUACAUCUAUACAUUGCCUUGUAAUCUGUUUACUGACAGUUACUCAGGUAAAAAUAAUGAAAUGGACAUAUAAAUAAUGGUAGAAAAUCCAUCAUCUUCCAAACCACAAUUUGUAUAUUUGAGUUCCUAUGAGUAAAGGAAAUUACACUCUAAUCUGGUAUAAUCUUGAAGGAUAGUUAUCUAAAUCCUACGUACUGUACUGAUAUGCAGGAUAGAGGGUUUUUUUUCUUCACAGUGCUGUUUCCUUUUUCAAGAAAAAUGCGUUUCCAGAUUGUUCAGAAAAGUCAGCUAUCCGAUGAAAGAAUAAACAUAAUUUAACCAUCCGUUAUUAAAGAGUUUUGUACGUUAAGAAUUGUCUUUUUAUAUCAUAUAAUUUUGUUAGACUGCUUCACAACUUCACAACAGAAUUCUUUUUGUAGUCUCUUAGAACACGUCUCUUACACUGUUGCUAUUUUAUAAUGACGCUAAAAGCACUUCCGGGAAAAGACUGUUGCAGAGCUAUUUGGGUUUCAGUCUACUCCAUUUACUUUGAAGAUGUUUAACAGCAGUUGAUCCUUGCUUUUUUAAAUUUUUUUAAACCAUUCUUCAUUAUAAAAGCAAUAAAGCCUAAUUUCUACCAAAUGUUA